AUGCAUGUGUUUGUUGACGCAAGCGAAGGAGCAUAUUCGAGUGCAGUCUAUCUACGCACUCUCAAAGAUAACGGAGAACCACAGUGUAGUCUCAUCGCAGCUAAAUCGAAAGUCGCUCCUUUGAAACCAUGGUCGAUUCCAAAGCUUGAGUUGCAGGCCUGUGUUCUGGGCAUGCGCCUGUCCAAAUUCGUUAAGGAGAAUAUCGAUGUUCCUGUCUCUAAAAUAAUUUUCUGGACCGAUUCCAGAACCGCACUGGCCUGGAUCUACGCUGACCCCCGUAACUAUCGACAGUUCGUGUCCUUCAGAGUGAGCGAGAUACUGGAAGAUACAGCCAAAAGUGAUUGGCGUUGGGUACCAUCCAAAUCGAACCCUGCAGACGAGGCAACGAAAUGGGGAAGCGGGCCGUAUUUCAACAGAAGUAGUAAGUGGUUUCAUGGACCGCAAUUCCUAUGUCUUCCGGACGCUGAAUGGCCUUGCUCGGAAAAAUCGAUACCGGCUACAACAGAAGAACUGCGCGCAUCUGUUCUGCAUCAUUGUUCGUUCGAACCUACAAUUAAAUUUGAUCGUUUUUCCUCCUGGGAGAGAUUGCAACGUGUGACAGCACACGUAUUACGAUUUCUACGGAAUAUAGCUAAGAAGCAGCAGCGGUGCACGGGACACCUUCAACAGUCAGAACUGAAAGCAGUUGAGCAGACUAUUCUCAAGUUAGUGCAACGCGAAAUCUACCCGGACGAGAUAGCAGCUUUAUCAAACGGAGCGCCGAACGAAACCGGACAAGAAGUCAUCGGAAAGAACAGUUCCAUCUACCGUAUGAUGCCAGUACUUGACGAAAAUGGUGUGCUGAGAGAACGAGGCAGAAUCGGAGCAGCAAAAGAAGUUUCGUACGACAUCCGUUAUCCCGUGAUCCUUCCAAGAAAGCAUCAUGUCACCGAACUUCUGGUAAAUAAAUUUCAUCGCUUCUAUCGUCACGGUAACGUCGAAACAGUCGUCAACGAAAUUCGUCAACAGUACGUCAUUCCGCGGCUGUCAGUUCUGCAAAGUUCGUAG